GAAAUGGACCAGACUCUGUAUUUCAUUCUUCUUCUCAUUGCUCUCUGCUCCGUAUCUGAAUGUGUUCAGCGUCAGUAUCACUUUAUAAAUGAGAAGAAGACCUGGACUGAAGCUCAGAGAUACUGCAGAGAGAAUUACACAGAUCUGGCCACCGCUGACAACAUGAACGACACGAACGAGCUGAAGAAGAGUGUGAAUGAUUCAAGUGUUCAGUAUUUCUGGAUUGGGCUGAAGAAGACGGGUCGUGAUGAAUGGCACUGGUCUUCAGGUGAACCUGCGCUCUAUCUGAACUGGGCUCCAGGACAACCAGAAAACAGUUAUUGUGGUAUGAUGUCAAAUGGACAAUUUGAGGAUUUGUCAUGUAGUGAUAAGCGACAUUUCAUCUGCAACAACACAAACACAGGACUUGUCUUUGUCAAUCAGCUGAAGAGUUGGAGAGCCGCUCAGAGUUACUGCAGACAGAAUCACAUUGAUCUGAUCAGUGUGAGGAACCAGAACGAGAAUCAACAGGUUCAGCAGUUCAUUAGUGAUAAUAACUCAUCUGGAUUAUAUGUGUGGAUCGGUCUGUUCAGAGACUCAUGGCAGUGGUCAGAUCAGAGUAACUCUUCAUUCAGAGACUGGGAUCCUGCUCAACCUAAUAAUGCUGGAGAAAACUGUGCAGCUGUCAAACACGACUCUCAGGGACAAUGGCAUGACGUCUCUUGCACCGAUCGAUAUCCUUUUGUGUGUUAUGAAGGUGAUUUCUGCUUGUGUUUGGUUUUAUCUGCAGAUCCUGAACUGAUUGUGAUCCGAGAGAAUGUGACGUGGUCUGAAGCUCUGAGAUACUGCAGACAGAAUCAUGUGGAUCUGGUCUCGGUUCAUUCAGAAGAGAUGCAGCGUCGUGUAAUGAACGUGGUUAAACUGGCGUCUACUGCGGAGGUGUGGUUGGGUUUACGUUACUCUCACAUUUUGGGCAUCUGGUACUGGGUGAGUGGAGAUACCGUGUGCUAUCAGAACUGGGCUCCAGGGAACGGCACAUCAGAGGAGGACUGUGAACACACAGUGAGAUCUGGAGCAGUUCAGUCUGGAGGAGAUCAGCGCUGGAUCAGUCUUCCUGAGACUCACAAACUCAACUUCAUCUGCAGCAGAUAUUCAGAGUGAAGAAUCUUUUCUCUGUCUUUCUGAUUUUCUUUCAUGUUAAAGCUGCCAGAAGUCUUUCUGUAUUUGAAUUAUCAUGGAAUAAUGUGCUCUUAACAGCAAUGUUUAAUAUUCUUUAGAUGUCUAAAACACUAAAAUAAUAUGUGUCUGUGUUUUAGGAAUCUCUCUGUAUAUCCGGUGUGGUCUCUUGUUUUUUAUUUUGCACUGAUCAUAUAUUAAUAUAUUAAGUGACUGGUUUGAUGUGAUUCUGUGAGCAGCAGCUCUUGUAAAAAUUACUUGUUUCUCAGCAGAAAUGAAAUCUGAUUAUUCAUAGAAAAUCAAAAAUGAAGUUUGGGUAUAAAAUCUUGUGUUUGAUCCAAACAGAACAUCAGCUCAAAUAAACUCAUCUGCUGCCGAAA